AUGUCUACCAUGGAUUUGGUAGUAUGGCUGCUCGGAGUACGAAAACUAAACGUAGGCGACGGGGUUGAGUUGGGUGAGAACUUGCUCAGAGUGCGUAUGGAUAUUCUGGGACAGGACCACCCGAAUAUCAUGCGCAGCCAAAGUCACCUUGCCACAGCACUAGUAACCACCUGCAAAAGAGAUCGAUCAGUGGUCAUGCAGACGGACGUGGUCAAGAGGAGUGAACGUGUACUUGGCAGGCAUCACACGGAUACACUGCAGUACAAGGCAAGUCUAGCAUACAUCCUGCAGGAAACGGGAAACCUGGCCGGGGCAAUAUUGUUAUGGCGCGAGGUUUGCCAAAAGACCGGGAAGCAGGUCGGGAACAAAGAUCUACUCGUUUUGGAGUGCCAGAGUAACCUGGCCAGUAGCCUGAUGGAAGGGCCGGACACAGGAGAAGAAGGACUCGAUCUUCUGCACCAUGUUUUACAAACAGGUGUGGAUGUUCUGGGCCUUGACCAUUCCGAGAUGCUUCUGGCGGCCGACCAUCUCGUCUAUUAUCUCGACCUGGAUGGCCAAACCGCCAGGGCCUUGGAACUGGCGAAUGAAACCUUGAAAUGGUGUGAAGAUGGCACCCGGGGGAACAAUAAAUUCAGCCAGCAACAGCUUUGCGUGAUGAAGGAUCGGAAAAUGCGCCUCGAAGCCGCGUGGCGAAAAAGAGUUCUCUUGAGGGUCCCUCUGAGCUCUAAGCGCGGUUCCAGAAUUGACGGGUUGAUGAUCCUGACGCAGGACAUGUCAGCCCAAAACACAGCGGAUAGGAAGAUAGUUGGCAUGGUUGCGAGUGAAUCAGUAACAUGGAAUUGGGGAGAUUGCAGGGUUUCGAAUCAGAAGUAG